CUCCGGCGAGUUUACCGCUAUUUUUGGGCUUGUCGCUCUAAACGUAUAUAGGGAAGCGACAGCCGGCCGCUACGGUCAUUUGCUGUGCACAAGUUCAGAGAAGACGCACUCGGUAGAGAAACAGUCGGCAUCAUGCUAUUGCUCGCCGUGGCCCUGCUCUGCACGCUGGCGCCGUUGGCCUUCGCAGGAACCAUCGGCAGCGUGCGUGGACUCGGAAACGCGGCAGGGCGCGGCGGCCGCGGCGGCGGCGGCCCCGCGGCCGUGCCGGCGGUCGCCAUCACGGCACCCGUGCCUCGGGUACGCUUCGAGGCCCGGCCAGAGGUGAAGGUCAAGCUGGUGCCCAAGCCGGUGAUCGGAUACGUCACUGAGCCCGUGGCGUCGGUGGCGCAUGGCUUCAAGCCCGUGCUGACCAUCGCCGCCGGCGUGCCCGUCAGUCUCGUAGAUGGCAGCAUCGGUGGAGGUGUGGGCGCCUUCGGAUCGUCCAUAGACUUUUUCUCUAGUUAUGGCACAUCCAACAGCUUGGACUUCAAAUGGUAACGCGUUCCGGUGGCUCACCAGACAUGCGUAGCGGAGAAUCAGCGCUGGUUCUGCAGUCUGCCCCUUGAAGGAGACGCCGGGGGUCAAGGCAGAUCGGGCGCCCUGGCGUCACGAUUGAACCAUCGUGUAUAUUUUGUACAUAGGUAUAUAUAUACGCAUACGCGCCAAGCAUGAAAUUGGGCGCCCCUGUGUGGGCUGCGCCUGCAGCCUCCGCUGCUCCACAUCAACUUCCUCGACGACGGCGACGACGAGUGUGCAAUUCCGGACUCGCAGUGGUGGAACCGGCCAGCAUGCAUGGCAGCUGCCUCGCACGCUGGCUCACCUAUACUGCGGCCUUCGCGAUCUCAAAUAAAAAUUACUCUGUCACGUGGUCAUCGCGCGCCAUAUACACUUGAAAAGUA